AUGACGGGUUUGGUUGCGAAUGUCCUUGCGGCUAUCAUCGUCCCGGUGCCUUUUGCCACAUUGGCACUGGCUUUGAGACUCAAGGCAAGACGAAUGACGAGGAUGGGGAUGGGCUACGAUGACGUCUUUGCAAUUAUCGCUUGGGUAUUUGCCAUUGGGUACACAGUUGAUCUUAUUGUGUGGAUAUCGUCUUUCAAGCUGGGUCAACGGCUAGCACCCUACACUGACAAACAAGUCGAAUACUACAUGGAAAAAUCCUACCUGGUUCUCUGGGUUAGCGAACUUUUGUACGCCUGGUCAAUCUUUUUCGCGAAAUUAGCCGUCCUCUACUUUUAUCGCCGGGUGUUCCGAUACUCUUCCAUCCGUAUUCCCAUCAUUAUUCUGAUGGUGUCGUGUGGGAUCUGGGUCGUGAUACGCACCUUUUUCACAAUCUUUCACUGCAUCCCCGUGCGGGCAUACUGGGACCAGUCCAUCAAGAAUGCCAAGUGCCUUGUUAAUGUCGGUGCCUUUUAUCUCGGCACAGACAUUACGCAUUGUGUGAUGGAUUUUCUGAUUUUAGCACUCCCGAUCUACGAGGUGAUUAGGAUGAAGCUGCCCUUUGGCCAAAAGAUCGCCGUCGUCGGUCUCUUCGCAACCGGCUCCCUUGUUGGAAUCGCCUCGGUUUUCCAAAUUAUUCACAGCCAGCAAUACAACCCAGCAGAUCAGGAGCUUCCAUAUGAGCUAGCCCUUUCGAUGGCUUGGGGGAAUGUUGAACUCCAUUUAGCUGUUUUUAUUGGCUCUCUUGCUCUGUUACGACCAAUUUUUCGCAAGUAUGUUCCCGGUCUGUCUACUGGAGCCAGUGAUCCUCCCAGUCAUCCAAACUCCAGAGGCGCUCGCUGGCCAGUUUGGGCGCGAGAGACAAGUAUAGGGAGAACCGACGAGGCCGCUGGGGAGGGUGCUGUCAACACAUCACAGACCAAAUGGAAAAGGUUUAGCUUGAGACAUGGGUUUGCUCGUCAUGAAGAACAUGGUAUCGGCGGUUCACAAGUAACACAGAGCGUCGAUUCAAGACGAAGCGAUGAUCAAUAG